AUGUCUGUGGACAUGAACAGCCAGGCGUCUGACAGCAAUGAGGAAGACUUUGGGGUGAACUCUGAAGAAGAAGAGGAGGAUGAGGACGACGGAGGGGAAGAGGAGGAUCAAGGGGAUAUCGAAACCUACUACGACGGCGUGGCCGGCGAUGUGGAGCAACAGGGAGCUGACUCUUUUGAUCCUGAGGAGUAUCACUUCACUUGUCUCACAUACAAGGAGAGUCAACGGGUUUUGAGUGAGGAGGUCAACAUUGUUGCUGCUGCGCUGAAGGUUUUACCGGCUGUUGCAAAGCUGAUCCUCGUGCAUUUUCACUGGCAGGUCUCACAAAUACUGGACAGGAAUAAGUCCAGUGUGUCCCUGGUGUUGUCAGACGCUCUGGUUCAGCCUAGCAGUACUUCCAGAGCGGUCAUUGCCCCUCAAUCCCUGCAGUGUGGCGUGUGUCUCCAGCUAGUACGGAGAGAUUCCCUCCUGGCGCUGCCCUGCCAGCACUCCUUCUGCAAAGCUUGUUGGGAGCAGCACUGCACUGUACUGGUCAAAGAUGGUAUAGGAGUGGGCGUCUCGUGCAUGGCUCAGGAUUGCUCCCUGCAAAUGCCAGAAGAUUUUGUCCUGCCUCUACUGCCAGGAGAGGAGCUGAAGGACAAGUAUAGACGCUACCUCUUCAGAGACUAUGUAGAGAGUCACUUCCAAUUGCAACUGUGUCCGGGUGCAGACUGCCCCAUCGUCAUUAAGGUGCAGGAGCCACGUGCGCGCAGGGUGCAAUGUAGUCGAUGCAGUGAGGUCUUCUGUUUUAAAUGCCGUCAGAUGUACCACGCACCCACCGACUGCGCAACCAUCAGGAAAUGGCUCACAAAAUGUGCAGACGACUCGGAGACGGCCAACUAUAUCAGUGCACACACUAAAGAUUGUCCAAAGUGCAAUAUAUGCAUUGAGAAGAAUGGAGGGUGCAAUCACAUGCAAUGUUCCAAGUGCAAGCAUGACUUCUGCUGGAUGUGUCUGGGUGACUGGAAGACACAUGGCAGUGAAUACUACGAGUGCAGUCGCUACAAAGAAAACCCCGAUAUAGUCAACCAGAGCCAGCAGGCUCAAGCCAGAGAGGCUCUCAAGAAAUAUCUCUUCUACUUUGAGAGGUGGGAGAACCAUAACAAGUCUCUACAGCUGGAGGCUCAGACGUAUCAAAGGAUCCAGGAGAAGAUCCAGGAGAGAGUGAUGAACAACCUUGGAACCUGGAUUGACUGGCAGUACCUUCAUAAUGCUGCAAAGCUUCUAGCGAAGUGUCGCUACACACUGCAGUAUACGUAUCCUUAUGCCUAUUACAUGUCUGGCCCACGCAAAAAACUGUUUGAGUACCAGCAGGCCCAGCUGGAGGCGGAGAUUGAGAACUUGUCGUGGAAAGUGGAGCGGGUGGACAGCUACGAGAGGGCAGUGGUGGGAGGCGAGGUAGAUCUCAGUGCCAGCGACAGAGGGGAGCUGGAGAAUCAGAUGCACAUUGCCGAGCAAAGGCGACGCACGCUGCUGAAGGAUUUCCACGACACCUGAAGCGCCAUUGAGACUGCAGAGCACCAGCAUCUCUUUUGUCCGUCCUUUCUACUUUCCUACCUUCCCUCCGUUACUUGCCCCACUUAACGUUUGCUUCCUUCAGUGACCACACCCGGGCUGAAGUCCGGUGUCCUUUUCCUUAUCAGAAACGCUCAUUUCCUUUGUCACUUUCUGUCUUUCUCUCUUCCUUAUCUCACUCCUAAAAUGCUGCAAAGUCAUGAAAUGGCACGAUUGUAUCUCUUGCCCCACCCUCCUCUCAUGGUCUAUCACCAUGUUUCGGCUUUAACACCAUCACCCAAGUUAAACAUCUUGAUCAGAGCCCACCGUUAAUGUUUCGGCUUUAACACCAUCACCCAAGUUAAACAUCUUGAUCAGAGCCCACCGUUAGAAUCUAAUGUGUGUCUCAAAUACCGUUAAAUGUCGAGCAUCAUACUGGUCCCAGACACACAAAAAGAUAGAAUAAUGAAAAAAUAUAUAGAAAGGUCAAAUCAGUCAACAGUCAUCAGUAGUGUUACUACUAGUGCUGAGACCAUAAAGCCUAGUCGACACUUUGUGGCAGUUCUAUCGCACACAUUUACAUAUGACAUGUAUUUGUGUUUUCAUUUAGUUGGCUAAUUUAAUUUAUAAGUAAUCCAAGCCAUCUGCAUCCUUCUUACAUAACUUGGGCAAAAUGUAGCAUUUUAAUUUGCAUGGUACAUUGUUCACAUACAGAACAUAAUGCAGAUGAACGCGUGUUGUUUUGUUUUGGGGAAUUUCUGGGCCACAAUCAACACACUUUACACGUGAUUUUUGUCAUUGCCAAACAUAAAAUACUUUGACCACAAAUGCCAGAAAAAAGCUGCUAGUUGUUAUGAUCUUGGAAAAAUAAAUUGAUCCUUAGAUGCUCUCUGCUCAUAUUACUUCAAACAGGGUGGGCAACCUACAAAGAAUGUGCCCCUUGAUUCGGCCUGCCACGAAAGUUUGAAAACGUAUAUCUCACAUACCGUGUUAUAAAAAGCACCAGAAUAUAAAUGCUCACAAGAAGAGUUCUUUUUAAUCCAUUAUGAUUACCUGAGCUGCAAAUAUACAAACUUUAACUUUAUCCUGUUGAAUCGAUUCAGCGCAUCUGCUUCACCGUUCUCAGGUGGAUAAAAUCCUUAAUUGACUCUGUGAACAAAUUCAAAGAUAACACGACAUAGAGUCGGCACACCGUUAACUGCUCAUGACAGAUCAUAGGUGUAGUAUUUUUCAUUUCACUUAGUACAACAACACACAUGAGGCAUUCAGUCUGCCAAACAUUUAUUGUACUCCUUUCCCCUGAUUUGGAUGCUCUCUCUUGUGUUGAUCGCCACCAUUUCAUCAUUUUGGGGCUUUGGUUUUUCUCCUCUCUUCCUUGCUCACAUUGUUCACAUUUCUUCUGGAUAAAAAUGGCUGUUGAUAGAUGGUUCCAAAAAAGAAAGAAUAAAGAAAAAGCUUCCAAAAAGUGCUGUAAUUUUCAACAGUUGUACAUUAAUACAGAAAAUAGAAUUACUGAGAGAGUUUUUAAAACUGAAA